AUGAGCGACGAUAUGAGGAAUUCACCAGCCAAAUCCAUUAUACCACCACCUAGUACCGCGGAAAGCAAUGAGCCAAUAUUUACUACGAACCAUGAGGUUGAAUCGGAAAUACAUCUUUCGGAUGCUUACUCGCAUGCUCCAUCGCAUAUUUCCAGCAUCACCGACGAUGAUCACGAAAAGAACCAUGACCCCGAAAUACCACAAAUUGCUUUACCGCGCCAAAGCACUGAACUCGGCCCGCCAGUUGUGGUUCCACGAUUGAGACGAAGGGGACUGCUCGGUCAAUUUACUCUCGUCGCGGAGAUCGAAAAUCCGAGGACGUACUCUCGAGAUAUGAAGUGGUUUAUCACAUUCAUUGUUGCAUUAGCAGGGAUUCUAGCUCCGUUGGGAAGCUCAAUCUUCUUUCCUUCGCUUUCCCAAGUGUCCAAGGAACUGAACACGACCCCCACUUUAACCAACUUGUCGAUCUCUUUAUACAUGCUUGCUAUGUCCAUUUUCCCUCUGUGGUGGUCCUCAUUCAGUGAACGACUCGGUCGACGGACAGUCUACAUAACUUCAUUCCUUCUCUUCGUUCUUUUCAAUGUUCUCUCCGCCAUCUCUAACACCAUCGGGAUGCUUAUCGUCAUGCGAAUGCUUAUGGGUGGCGCAUCUGCGUCUGUCCAAGCCGUCGGAGCAGGAACUAUCGCAGACAUGUGGGAUGUCCAAGAACGUGGCCGUGCAAUGAGUAUUUUCUAUCUUGGUCCUCUUUGUGGCCCUUUGCUGGCUCCCAUCAUUGGCGGUCUAUUGGCUCAACGUUGGGGUUGGCGAAGCACACUAUGGUUCUCGGCAGUCUUUGGUGCUCUUAUACUUAUCUUCAUCAUAUUUGCCUUACCGGAAACAUUGACUGUGCAAAAGCCCAUUCUCCCUCCCGUCGAUGAAGAUGAAAACGAUCCUAUCAGUCGACCUCUGAGCCGUGUGUCAACUCAGCAAAUGGUAAAGUCCACAGCAAGGUGGCUCAAGUUCCUGAAGAUUAGCUUCAUCGAUCCUCUCAAGAUUGUCUCUUACUUGCAGUAUGUUCCAGUACUGUUGAGUGUAUAUUAUGGUAGUAUCGCAUUCGGCUCUCUCUUUGUGUUGAAUGUCAGUAUCGAAGAUACGUUUGGUAAACCGCCAUACAACUUCAGCACCAUCGUCAUUGGCCUGCUCUAUAUCCCGAAUUCCUUGGGUUAUUUCAUAGCCAGUGUUUUUGGUGGACGAUGGAUGGAUAGCAUCAUGCAGCGUGAAGCAAAGAAAGCGAAUCGCUACGACGAAAAAGGAAGACUGAUCUUCCACCCGGAGGAUCGUAUGCGCGAGAACGCUUGGCUCGGUGCUUUUCUCUACCCUGCUGCUCUUAUCUGGUACGGUUGGGCGGUGGACAGGGGCGUGUUCUGGCUGGCUCCGAUGAUUGCCAAUUUCUUCUUUGGCAUCGGCUCAAUGUUGAUUUUUAGCAUGGUAACCACCAUGCUCACUGAGUUUAUGCCCAAGAAGUCCUCCAUCGGCGUCGCCCUGAACAACUUUGUUCGAAACAUAUUUUCUUGUGUGGGAUCACUCAUCACAGCGCCGCUCAUUGGUGCCAUUGGAAAUGGCUGGCUCUUCACUAUCCUCGGGAUAAUCGGCUUUGCAAGCGGCUCCGUCAUUCUUUUUAUGAAAAUUUAUGGCCCUCGAUGGAGACUCAAGAUGGAUGAGCACAUGAAGUGA